CCUACAAAACUUGUUUACGUAAUGUUAUCUAUAGCCCGGGAUUGAAUCACUCACUGCAGUCGGACAGUACUCCGGCGAAGAUGUGCACAGGGGGUAACGCUAUGGCUGUGGCGGUAACUGUCUGUCUGUUGGUCCUGUCUGUACUGGUGUCCAGCCAGGUCAGUCUGACCGGAAACUGCUCUGGGAAUGCCUGGUCGGAACCCUUAGACAUAUGGGGAGCGAAGAGAGACGCUUUGUCCUGUACGUUGUGGGAGACGGAGAGAUGCAAAAUGGAAUUCUGCCCCCAACUGUUGGAGGGGAUUUUAUGGGUGCUCCACAGUCCUUGGAGGUAGAGGGCGAUUUGUUUAAAGAUACCUCAGGGAAAUUCCACCAGCAAGUCGUGAUCACAUGGGAACCGCCCGCGACAGCUGCAGGAUUCCACAACCUGAAAGGGUUCUACGUGGAAAUCUCCAGAAGAAACUCACGAUACUUACGCUGCUAUGUAUUCGAUUUCUCUCAAAGCAACUUUACAUCGAGUGAUCAUAAGCUAAAGUUCAGAAAGAAGCUCCUGGAUAUAGAAGGCGGAUCAAAAUACGAAUAUCUCCUGCAGAUGUACACACUGCCUAUGUCACCAGCCUCGAAGUCCAAGGGCCAUUUCUUCAAACUUCUGCCAUUUCCAGAUGGAAAGUCACCUGGAGAUUGGUCAGCAUUGCUAAGCUACGAGAAGGACUACGUGGCGCCUGCGCGGAUCACAGUUAGAUUCAGUCUGGCACCGAAGGAGUACAACUUUCUCACAUAUAGGGUGAAGCUUUUCGGAGACCGAGAUAAACAAAAUGCAAUACACAUUUGUGACAUCAGCACACAACACGGUUCCAAAUGCCAGGAACUUACAAUCGAUCCGCCCUCCGGGAAUGCUACAUCCAUGGCAGUCACGUUCUAUGAUCUUCAGGCAGAUACGUACGUGGUCCAGCCAGAUGACCUCUAUAGGCACGAACCUGGUCGGUGCCUGUGUUACCAGAAGCCAUCAAACACCUGUGUCUCAUGCAUCGCGACCAAGACUGGCUUCAUUACCGUUGCCCCAAAAGAGGCAGUAUCUACACCAUCAAUAUCUCCAGUAGCGACAGACAUCACCUCACAGGUUCAGGCAGCAGAACCCAAGGCAGUAUCUACACCAUCAAUAUCUCCAGUAGCAACAGACAUCACCUCACAGGUUCAAGCAACAGAAUCCACACCAUCGACUUCUCCAUUGGCUACACACACGCUCUCACAGGAUCAAGCCGAUGAGUCAACCUCGUCAAGGACACUUAUCACAGCGGCAGCAACAGCAACGGCCCUGCUUUGCUGUGGCUUGGUACUCACGGUGGUAGUAGUGCUGCGGAAGAAGAAGCAGUCUGUCUCCACACGGCGUCUCGUAUAUAGCAGCAUCUCAACUGACAAGGAUCAUGACCCGGGCACUCACAGUCAACGUGCUCUUUACGCGAGGAAGGUUUACUUGAUGUAUGCUGAAGAUCACAAGGAUCAUAUAAAUGUGAUCACCAACCUGGCCACCCACCUCAAGAAACAAUGCUGUUGUGAAGUCUUCUUUCUACGCUGGUUCCCCCGAGAAAUCCAGACAAUGGGCGCAUACGAAUGGAUUCUCACCCACAUUGAUCAGGCCGACUUCGUACUCAUCAUCAACUCAGAGGCAGCGUUCAAAUUGUUUGAAACUCGUCAUACUAACGAGACUCUCAGAAGAUUAGACGAAGGCCCCGAGGGUGACACCUUCUCUCUGGCACUUACCCACGUCUUGACCAAAUCAUCGGAGCCGUGGUUCUUCAGGAAGACCAUCCUAGCAUACUUUGACUACACCGAUGAGGACUUCAUCUUGAAGGACGUUUGCCCCGGUGUUCAGUACAGGCUGCCGAAACACUUCAAGGAGUUCGUGUGCCACAUCCAUGAGAUGAGUGGGCAGUCUGGCAUUGAUGAAAUGGUUGAUCUAGAAGCUACCUCAAGUGGAAGACAGUUAUUGGAGGCCAUAAGAAAAGCUAAACAUUUCCAAAGGUCGGACCCACAGUGGUUUGAUAAGAGGUUCUUUCGUCAAGAAGAUUCAGGCUUCGACUCCAUUUCAACCAAAUGUGAGAGCCCUGUGGGAGCAGACGACUCCGUCUCCAUAGCAACAAGACCACUCAGAGAAAUGCAUGUACAUCCUUCAGAAUCUGAUAAUGCUGACGAAUUCAAAAGCGCUGUGACAUACAACACUGACUAUGCAAGAGCUCAUGGGGAGUGCGUUUUUGAUAUGCUCCCCCCAAGUGAAGUGUCCAUUGGGGCUUCAACUGACUCCAUAUACAGACGGAUGGACAGCAUCAACAAGCAGAACGAAAUCAACACUGUCCGCUUCACCCCUGUUCGUCAGACGCAAACAGAUGGAGAUGCGACUUCUCCUUCUACCAACAUCCGUGACCUUCCAGAUGCUGCUACUGCUGCUCAAGGACUCUCCCAGCCUGACAGUCUCGUCUCGAUGGGGGGAAGAGAUGUAUAGAACUGUGUGGAAGACUGAGAGUGGGUAGAACGAAUCUUAUAUUGGGAAGUGUUCGUUACAUUACAUAACGAUUUCUCCGCUUUGGGGAAACAUACAAAAGAAAGUAAUUAUUUUCAUAACAUUCAAUAUUUUUAUAUACAUGUAUUUCAACACGAUGUCCUCUUUUUCAGAUUUGGGAAAAUCCGUGCCUUUAGUCCUCCCAAACCUUUGACGUAGAUUGUUUAAUUAGCUUACACAUAUCAGAACAUCAGAUUCACAUCACUUAACAUUUACCUCGAA